GAGAAAAAAAAAAGGAAAAGAAAACUCAGAUCUAACAAAAUUUCCGAUCUGAACAUUCACACCACACCAUGGAGGAAGAAGACGAGACUCAGUCGCCGCAAUCUCCUGGCGAUUCCUUAUCCCCAGCUCCCCCUUCUCCUCCUCCGAUUUUACCCACGAGCGACGUCACGGUGGCCUCCGCGACGAAACCGCCUCAAUCUCCGUCGAAAAACGCGUUAGCUCUAGUGGUCCACACUCCUUCAGUCACCACCGGCGUCGGAGGCGGCAGCAACAACAGAAACGGACGAAGCGGAGGCGGAGGAAGAGACGAUUGCUGGAGCGAGGAAGCGACGAAGGUCCUAAUCGAAGCGUGGGGGGAACGAUUCUCGGAGCCAGGGAAGGGGACGUUGAAGCAGCAGCAGUGGAAGGAAGUGGCUGAGGUUGUGAACGAGAGUCGUCAAUGCAAGUAUCUCAAGACCGAUGUUCAGUGUAAGAACAGGAUCGAUACGGUUAAGAAGAAGUAUAAGCAAGAGAAGGCCAAGAUCGCUUCUGGUGAUGGGCCUAGCAAAUGGGUUUUCUUCAAAAAGCUCGAGGCUUUGAUCGGUGGCGGUGGAAACGCUUCUAAGUCCUCUGAGAAGGCUCCAAUGGGACGACGUGGGGUUGGUUUGAAGAGAGGCUCUGAUUCGAUGCGGUGGCAUUUUAGGAAACGGAGUGCUUCCGAGACUGAGUCUGAGUCUGAUCCUGAUCCUGAACCUGAGGCUUCUCCUCCUGACUCGGCUGAGAGUCUGCCACCCAAGCGGUUGAAGAUGGAUGAUUCAGGAGGGAGUGGAGUUGGAGUUGGAGAGGUGGCCAAGGCGAUUCUCGGGUUCACGGAUGCUUAUGAGAAGGCGGAGACUGCUAAGCUUAAGCUGAUGAUGGAGUUGGAGAAGGAGAGGAUGAAGUUCGUUAAAGAGAUGGAGUUGCAGAGAAUGCAGUUUUUGAAAACUCAGAUGGAGAUAACGCAGAACAAUCAAGAGGAGGAGAGGAGCAAGCCAAGGAUCAAUGAUGAUGAUGAUGUCAAGAAUAAUGGAAAUGUAAGUAGCUGACAAUUGAAGACUCAGGAUGUUUUAUUAUGAUAUUGCAAUGAUUAAAAACGUCUCUAGAUUUGCUGGAUUAGGAUUUAAUGUUGUUGUUGUCGUCGUUAUUGUGCUUUGUGGGAUGUGUAAAUGUAGAACUCUGAUCGUCAUCAUCAUCAUGCUGUUGUUGUUGUUAUGCUAUCUUGUCUGAAACAUAGGCAAAUU